AUGACCCAAUUCGCGUGCUGCUACCAUGUGUUCACGAACUACGUCAUGGAUGUCACCAUGUGCAUGGGUCCCAGCAUGCUUCCCACAUUGAACGCAGCAGGGGACGUGGUCCUACUAGAGCACAUCACGCCCGCGCUGCACGCCUUAAAGCCCGGCGACGUUGUCGUCGCCAAGUCCCCUUCCAACCCGCGCAUGAUGGUGUGCAAGCGGGUGGUGGCGAUGGAGGGGCAUGAGGUGCAUGCCAUGCCGCCACCAACCAGGGGAUUCAUGGGUGGACGAGGCAAGCACGCAGAAACACAUACAGUGGUCCCACGAGGGCAUGUGUGGUUGCAAGGAGACAAUCUCUUCAACUCCACUGACUCUCGCCACUACGGCCCCGUGCCGCUUGCUCUGGUCAAGGGACGAGUGUUCUACAGAGUAUGGCCUCCCAGGGAUUGUGGUCCAGUGCGAUGA